ACGAAAGUGGAAAUGUUGCGUCGCCGGUUGCUGUUCCAUCUCCUCGCUCGCCCACGCCGCUCGCUCUUGGCCAGCCGGUUGUAAAGUCGGGUGAAAAUGAUACAAAACACAGGCAAAAACAAUUCGACUCCUCGUCAAGCUCAAAAGCCAAAAGUUGUGAAAAGGAAAUCGGAAAAUACGGAAGAGUCAGAGUCAAACUAGCCGUGACUCAAAGUCAUUACUUUUCAUUACAGACACUGAGUCCCCCGAAUCGCCAUUGGUUCUGCUCGAAGGUUGCUGGAAUCCAAAACUAAGGGACAAUAUCUGCGGACGCCAUGAUAGAACGCGAAAUUAUUCAUACUACGCCCGCAUCGAAGCGCAUUUUUGAUGUCCUUCAGGACAUUGUACAGUUCGUGGUGGUCUUUGUGCGCAUCAUUCUAGAGUUAUUUGUUUCGCUGGUGCAGACGUUCUUGCCCAAACAUCAGAAGGAUGUCAGUGGGGAAACAAUCCUGAUUACUGGAACUGGCCAUGGAAUCGGUCGGGAACUGGCCCUUCACUACGCCUCUCUGGGCAGCACAGUCGUUUGUGUGGACAUCGAUGAGAAGAACAAUCAGCAGACAGUCCAGAAGGCCAAGCGGUUGAAUCUCGGAAAUGUACAUGGCUUCAGCUGCGACGUGUCCAAGCGGGAUGAGGUCAUGGCGCUGGCGGAUCGGGUUAAAGCGGAAGUUGGACCCAUUUCGGUGCUGGUGAAUAAUGUGGGAAUAAUGCCCACCCAUCCGAUCCUGCAACAGUCGGCCGAGGAGAUCCAGCGAGUGUUCGAUGUCAAUGUCUUCUCGCAGUUCUGGACAAUUCAGGCCUUUCUGGGUCACAUGCAGGAGAAGAACCGUGGCCACAUCAUCUCGCUCUCCUCGAUAGCUGGUCUAGUGGGAAUUGCCAACUUGGUUCCCUACUGUGCCACAAAGUUUGCGGUACGCGGGCUGAUGGAGUCCCUACAUGCGGAGAUACGAGAAGGACCCCACAAGAAUCUAAUCAAGACUACCACCAUCUUCCCCUAUAUGACCAACACUGGCCUGUGCAAGCAUCCCAAAGUGAAGUUUCCCUCAAUCCUGGGCCUGCUGGAUCCCAAGCAGGUGGCACGGCGCAUAGUGGAGGCGCACCGCUCCGAUGUCAUGGAGGUCACCAUUCCCAGUUGUCUGCUCUACAUCAAUAACUGGACGAGACUCUUGCCAGAUCAUUGUGGCCUGAUGCUCAAGGAUUACAUCGACAGUGGCGUGGAGUCGGACUUAAUUUAGUUUAACCUUAGCAUAGAACGUAGAACAAGUUCAAUGAAAUUAUUGGAGAAUGAUAUUCGAAAUAUAUUCAUUAUGUGUAUACCGAACAAAUAAAUUCCGGGGAAAACAACAAGUUUAAA